UGUCGGUGUGGGUGUGGGUCAUAGUGUGUGUGAAAAUGGUGCUUCCCUCUCUCACUCUUCUCCAUCUAAUGUAAUGUAUUUGUCUUUGUGUGGGGAGUGGAGAGGACACAACGCCAUAUUUCAUACCAAUAUAAGACAUACCAUUAACGCCCCUCAACCACCACCCCCACCGCCACCACCCUUUCUGCUUUUCCAUAAAGUAGUAUUGUAAUAGGUGUUGCGGCGGCCCAACUCUGGCGUCAUUGGAGCGGUGACUGAUGGAUUAUUAGACGCUUAAUUGCUUCUACUACUACUGAAUCACUUGUGAUAUGUGGCUGCUUCCUUCCAAUGUCGCUCAUUGCCUUUGCUUCUUCCGCUUCCUCAUCUUCCUCCUCCCAUCAAGAUGCUUUGUUGCAAAUGAACAUGAGACCAAUGGAACAAAUGGAGUCUGGACCUUAUCCUGUGCGUGAAGGUGAACCAGAUUGUUCUUACUACAUUCGGACUGGUCUAUGCAGAUUUGGUGCUACAUGCCGAUUUAAUCAUCCACUCAACAGGACACUGGCUAUUGCCACAGCAAGGAUGAAAAGCGAGUAUCCAGAAAGAAUAGGACAACCUGAAUGUCAGUACUACUUAAAAACGGGAACCUGCAAAUUUGGAGCAACAUGCAAAUUUCAUCAUCCUAGGGACGAACUUGGUAUUGCUGGAAGAGUUGCUCUAAAUGUUUUGGGUUAUCCACUUCGCCCGAAUGAGAUCAAUUGUGCAUAUUAUAUUAGAAAUGGACUCUGCAAAUUUGGGAGGACUUGUAAAUUCCACCAUCCUCAGCCAUCUAAUAAUAUGAUGGUCCCUUUACGUGAUUCUGCUCUACAUCCUCCUAUUCAGUCUCCAACAACCGGUCAGCUGUCAUUUCACAGAGCUCAUUUAUUGCCCAAUCCACAGUGGCAAACCCCUUCAAGUUAUGCACCUCUGUUUAUGUCUCAGGGAGUAGCAUCCGCUCCAGGAUGGAACACAUACAGUGGCCAGGUUGAACCAGUUUCUCCUUCAGAAAAUCAACAAGGAAACAUCCAGAAUGAUGGCACAUCAUACCAGGUUGAAGGCUUAAAUGUGGGAUCACAAUUCGGUUCUAAUACUCUGCCCAUUGGAUAUUACGCAUUUAAGAGAGACAAUGUGUUUCCUGAGAGACCAGGUCAGCCACAAUGCCAGUUCUAUAUGAAGACCGGGGACUGCAAAUUCGGAGCAGUAUGCAAAUUUCACCAUCCCAGGGAAAGACUCAUCCCUCUUCCUGACUGUGUGUUGAGUCCGAUUGGACUCCCUUUAAGGCCGGGAGAGCCUCUUUGUGUUUUCUACUCCCGAUAUGGAAUAUGCAAGUUUGGUCCAAGCUGCAAGUUUGACCAUCCAAUGAGAGUUUUUGCACAUAAUGCUGCGGCAUCAGCAUCAACUGACGGCAAUGCUGUUCGUGAUUUUAUAGCUCCAUCACCAGGAACUCUUGCAAUAAGUUUUUCUCCAGAUGGGCUUGUGGGUGCUGGCUCCACAAACAAUCAACGGUUAUCUUUCUCAGAGUCUAGACAGAAACCCUCUGGCGAUAAUAACAUCGUCACGGAGUGAUGCAAUAUUCUUCCAGAUGCUAUUAAGUUAUCACCUUUUUGAAACUUUUGGAAGAUAUGACAUUUUCCUGUAAAUUCAUUUCCAUGGCUGGAGAUGUACUGGAUUCAGUUCUAAGUAAAUCUGCUCUUCUGAAGACGCAGUCCGGUCGACAAGAUUGAUUUCUUUAAACUUGCCGCGAUGUAUAAAUCAGCAGAUGUUUUCGCAUUUGUUAGAGCCGAUAGUGAACGUUUAAUCUUUCCUGACCGCUUUCUGACUAUUAUCAAUCACUUUGACACUUCUGAACAUUUGUUUUCAAGCAGGGUUCAUCUGGCUCGGUGUUGGUCUUCUCAAACACCAGGAUUAUUUCUCAUCCGGACACGUAUUUCUGAUAACUAUGGUAGCACCAUAGCACCAUGUAGUAAAAUUCAGCUUCUUUCUGCUGUUGAAUGUGCCCUGGAUUCUGAAAGAGAAAUAUUCACUUUAGCCAGGAAAGCUCAGUACGCCACAUGUCACCUAUACCUUGCAACAAGUACUCUGAGAGAUUAUGGCAGGGUAGGAACUCGGAAGGGUAUGGCGCGAAGAUGCUUAAAGAGAGAGAAUGAUGCAUGUCUACCUCCCUAUGUACUGAGUAUCUGCAUCAAAAGUAGCUAAUGAGGAAGCAAGUCUCUUUGUCUUGAUGGAGCAAGAGUUAUAAUUAUUUAAAAGCUCGUAUAGUAGCUACUAACCGGAGAAGGGAAUUAGACAAAUUAAGUCUGGAGGCUGAACGCUCAUUACCUGAAAGCUAAAAGUUUAUGCUGGCCUGCUGGGCACUUUAAUUGCAUUGAUAAUGUAUAUAAUUUGUGGGUAACUCAAGUCCAGGAGCUCAUUUUCUUCUGUCUUCGAGUCUCUGAAGUCUGCUAUUUCCAUGAACAAACUACCUGUAAUCUACUGGAGAAGCUAAUAAAGAUGGGAACUGUGAAUGCUGUAAUCAAUGGCAAAGCUGCAGAGAUGGAAACUACAAAUAUGCAAAAAGGGGUUUGAGUGCAUGGAUUUGUCCUGCACCAACUUCUUUUGAGCAAAUAUGUGAAUAACGGUGUUUAUAUCGUCCUCCCCACAUCUAAGGGUACCUAAUUGCAUCUCAGGGUUUAUCAUGGUGUACCUGAAAACAAGUGACUUGUUUAAAAAAUAUGCGCGCUUGUUAGCUUCCAGUUUGCAUCUAUAGAAGUUGAUAUAUUGUUAUUUAAAUAUGUGGACUAUGUCCAGUUAAUUUUGAGUUCCUGUGGACUUAAUUAAGAAAUCAAGACGAGCCAUGCUAGCAGGCUUUGUUUCUUGUUUGCUUUUCGAGUGAUUAAAAACUAUUGGUUGAGUUUUGGUAUGAUAAUUGAACAU